UUUCAGUGUCGGGCUUCGAUAUAUAGAGUUACUUCCCUCUUUCCACUCUUCUCUUUUCACCACGUGUUUUCAUCUCUAAGUCAACAUGCUGAGACGUCAAGCCCGUUUGCGGCGGGAAUAUCUUUAUCGUAAAGCAAUUGAAGACAAAGAACGAACUAUUCAUGAGAAAAAACAACGUCUGCUGCAGUCAAUUGAAGAAAAUCUUCCUAUUGCUCCUGAAAUAAGGAAAGAUGCCAUUAGACUCCAGAAAAGUUCAGAAUGGGAUGACAGUGGAGCAGAUGGGAUCAUUAAUAGUAUGGAUGAUGAAUAUAAAUCUGCUGGUAUUGAAGACCCUCAGUUAAUGGUCACAACUUCACGUGAUCCUAGUGCGAAACUCAAACAAUUUGCCAAGGAAAUUCGAUUAAUCUUGCCAAACAGUAAGAAAAUCAAUCGAGGAAAUUAUGAACUGAAACAGUUAGUAGAUGCUUGUCGUGCCAAUAAUGUCACUGAUUUGAUCCUGUUACAUGAACAUCGAGGAGUUCCAGAUGCAUUAACAAUCUCUCAUCUCCCCUAUGGGCCGACAGCUUACUUUUCCAUGUUCAAUGUCGUCAUGAGACAUGAUAUCUUUGAUGUAGGAACCAUGUCAGAAGCUUACCCACACCUUAUAUUCCACAACUUUGGUACACGGCUUGGAAGAAGAGUGCAAAAUAUUCUAAAAUAUUUAUAUCCUGUCCCAAAAGAAGACAGUAAACGUGUUAUGACAUUUUCUAAUUCUGAUGAUUUCAUCUCAUUCAGGCAUCAUGUUUACUCAAAGAAUGCUGAAACCAAAAAAAUUGAAUUAACUGAAGUUGGACCAAGGUUUGAGCUAAAAUUGUUUAAAAUAAUCCAGGGAACAAUUGAUAAUGUUGACACAGCAGAUGUUGAGUGGGUUUACAAGCCUUACAUGAGGACAACAGCUAAAAGAACAUUUUUAGCUGAGAAAACUUGAAUUAUUGUAACUUAUAUUGAUUUAUAAAUAAAGAUGUUCUAUUUUUA